AUGUUUGCACAUGAGCUAUUCCAGAUGGACACCACGAAACCUCCGCCACCAAUUGAUGAUUCCUUUCCGCAUCCCGCACUGUUGGAGCAACUGCGAGUGACCGAUUUGCAAAGAGUGCAACAAUUUUUAACUACCUUAACUAACAGAAAUGUACCACUCGCUGAUAGCAAAGUCCGUUCUGCAACCAUUCCCAUCAACAUUUCAACUUACCGGACGGAACUUGGCCAAGCCCUUAAUGUUUUGGAAAACUUAAAACAUUCAGCGUUGGUUUUGGAUGAUUUACUGCUAAAGGAAGGCGAAUCCGAGCAAAGGUGGGAAGAAGAGCUAGACCGUGCGGACCAGCUGAAGGACGUUCUGUUGAAUGUUCUAGAACCGCUGGAAAACGUACAGUGCAAGCAACACCUAACGCACCAGCUUACCACACGUCAAAAGAAGCGAGCAUGGCAAAAGCGGCGUAAUAAACGUCUGCUGGAUGAUCGCAAAGCCGAACAAACAGCCCGAACGGAACGUUUAGCAGAAAUAGCUACCUGGGAAGCGGAAUGGAAGGAUCGACUACUACAGGAACGAGUUACGCGAGAAGAACUACAAAUGAAAACGCUCAUUCUAACCGACGUACGGCGCAGAAAGGCUCGAGCCAAACGGGUGUUAACUCGUUUUGAAAAAGCUGUUGAAUUACUACGGCAACGACAAAGUGCUCCAAGCAUGCACCCACAGCCCGAGGAACGAUUCGUAACCAAAAUGGACGCUCUCAUAACAGAAUGGAAGGGCAAGCUGGGAGAAUGUCUUAGGGAAGAGAAACGGUUGAAAGCGGAGUUAACCCGUCAGUCCACUGCGAAUGUUAGUCGCCGGCGAGAGAACCGUUGGCGUAAGGUUUUGUUUGGAAGUGCUGCGUUGGGUGGAAUGACUGGCAGCCGGUCUGAAGAAGAUUGGUGGCAGGAGCUUAUAGAGGUGCGCCGUGCUUGGGAUCAAUUUUCCUUACCAUCUAAUCCGGAACAGAUCCAAAACCAGAUGGAAAUGCCCGUUGGUAGGAGUGUAGCACCUGGCACGUGGAUUGUGCCACCGGAACAACCGCUCCCGGAAUGGGAUGUGUAUAAGGAGAAGAAAACAGCGGAGCGAUGA